AAAAUUCCGUCUACGAAUAGCCAGUUAGCCGCGUCCGUGAGGAUGGAAUAAGGAUAACUUUUGUGCCUUCACCCACAGACAAUCCAAGACCGAUGCGUAUCAAUUCGACUGGUGGUGAAUGAAACAGUAUCAAAAAAUAUGUGGUGGUUAAUCUAAAAAAAUGAGCCCAUAAAGGCGCAUAGAUCCAGCACGUUUUGCUGAGUGAUUUCCUCUGUGUCUUUGUUUUUUUGAAACUGUGCAAUAUGGGUAACAGUGGCAGUGGCAUAAGAAAAUCGAGGAGUUUGCCGACAUCCCCAGAGGUUCGUCGUGCGAAAUUAUCCUCGGCCAUACCCCACAAGGGCGGCAGCAGCAUACCCUUGCCUGGGUCGGCCAUACCUGCUCGAAGAUGUCCCCCGGAUAAGGUCAGACCCGUGGCUAGCUCCAGCAGGAGUUCCAGCCCGGCCUUGUCGAUGAUACCCAGAGCUCCUCCUUCUCAAAUCACAAGUCCCUACCAGAGCAACGGCCAGUCUCAGAAGAAUUCCAUGUUGGACAAGCUGAAACUCUUCAAAAGCAACGACAAACCAGCUCCUGUCACUAACGGGAAGAGAACCAGUAGUUCUAGUGGUGUUUCUUCAGCCAGGAGCGAGCGUAGUGAUUCUAGCGCUAGCCUUGAACCAAACGUGGACUUAAAGCCAGUCAGGAACACUUCUAGGCUGAAGCAAACUAGACCUGGCAAACCAACGCAACCGAAGAACAGCCCCAGCUCCACAAAGAAGGAACUGAUCAGUGGAAAAACUAGUAAAACCGCUGCCGAUGUGGAAAAGCAUGCCCAUAAAGUUGCCAACCUUCCAACAGCCAAACUAACGGAACCAAAAAUUCGCGUCACUAUCAACAAAGACGUCAAGAGUCACGCCUUGCCCAUACAACCAGCACCCGGUACUGGCAUACCAAAACCCACAGCUGCCAUCAAAGGUACCAGUAAAAUUACGAGGGACACAAGCUCCAACUCUAUAAAAACUCCAGGAAGCACAGGCGUGUCCAGAGAAAGUUCCCAAGUAUCUCUGAAGCAACACAAACCGGCUAUAGCUCUGGUAUCUCCAAUUAAGAAUGAAAAGGAAACCAACCAGUUGUCUGAAAGCAGUCACAGUGCUAGUACGGGUCACCACAGCAACUCCAGCGAAAGUUCCGUCAUUUACAAACCUUCCAGUGAGAGCGGAUCAGAGCACCACAAUAUUAUCCCCAACAGAAAAGAACCUUUGACUUACAUUACCGAUGUUACCGAGCAAUCACCCCCUCCACCCGCUCCUCAGACCCCGAAAGAACACGUGAAACACCUAGAUAAAAACUCAAGUGCCGAAAAGGAAACCAAAAACAUAUCGUACCACAAUAUCAGCACCAGAGAGAAGCUAGACUUACCUAAAGAGGAAUCAACGCACCACAAGAAAAUCCUGAACCAUAUCAACGAGAACCCGACUGAAGAAAGGGAAGACAACACCACGUUGUGUAUCGAACCCAUGAGGCCUCUCCUUAGAGGCUAUUGCAGCACCUUGACGUUGCCUUCGAGACAGAGGCAUUACCAGAGGGUCCAACCUGAUGGUGGAUCGGACUACUGCGAGAUUUCUCUGGCUAACGGGUACUUGUCUGAUGGAGAGAUCCUGAGGCACACGGGAGCAAUGGACAUUGGCGAUGGGUACAUGUCGGAGGGAGGGUCGGUGUUGUACACCAGGCGGUUGCAGACCAUGCCCGCGCAUAUUCCCAAUGGAACACCCCGUCUCGGCCCCGGCCUCACCGUGUUGACAGAGCAGUCCAGCAGGAGGGGCGGGUCCCGGGACUCGCCCCCUCCCCCGCCUGCCCCCCGGGUCACCUCCAAGUCCUCCCGCAACGGAGUCCCCCUGCAGGACUCAAAACACGGCGGCCAGCAGUGGAAGAGGUACACGGACUCCCCGGGAGUGGGGUCGCCGCCCCCGCCGGCCCCCGCACCGUCCAGUCCUACCGCGGGGCGCAGGGAGAGACGGAGCAGCCCCCACGGCGGCGGCAAAGAAAAGAGCAGCAAGGGAGUCAGGGGGGUGCCCCAGAGCUUCGGAUAUGUGAAACGCAACGGUAACGGGGUCAACGGGACCAACAACGGCAACGGGCAGACUGUCCAAGUGAUCCAAAAUCUAUCGGGGAAAACAGCAGCUGUGUCCGCAGUUCCCAGGACUAAAGUUAAAGUGUCGGGAGGAACUCAGACUUGUUCUAGCGAUCUCCAGCAGUCUCACAUGUUCGUUUUAGAAGCUAGCCCUCCCCAGUUCAAAAGUUACUCCCUGACAGGAAAUGCGGCCAACCAGCUCAGCCAGUCGGUGAGAGAACGGCUCAUGAUGGGCUCUCAAAGUCUUCCAAAGGGAGCCUGCCACCAAGACUACGGCCUCGUCAUGCGACAAGGCAGGCCUAAAGCCAGCGACGGGUCUCUUUCUGACACACAAGCCAUUGACAAUAGCAGCCCGUACGCUCCUUGGUUGAGACACAGUAACACAUAUUCUGUGGCUCCGAGAUUAUCGGAAACUGAUAGUAUGGAGUCCUUAACCAGUCUGCCGGGGCACAGAAGUAGCUUGACGCAUACCCGAUUACUAAGGGAUUCACCAUCUCGACUAAGUCGAAGCAAUAGUAUAAGAUCGACCAAAUCCGAAAAAUUGUAUCCCUCUAUGUUACACCGGAACACAGAACCGGAGACGGAACCUUAUUACUGCCUUCCCAUUGGCAGUUUAAGUCACUGGUCGCAACCGACCAGCCCGGCACCGGGAAGCGCGAGGACGUUUCCUCUGUCCCCUACUCAUUCGAACACACCCAGGCAUAGCAUACCAAAAAAUGAUGACGUGCACGGAUCCUCAAUAAGUUUAGUGUCGACAGCCUCAAGUUUGUAUUCUUCGGCGGAAGAAAAACAAGCACACGAAAUUCGAAAACUCAGAAGGGAAUUAUGUGAAGCACAGGAAAAAGUACACACUUUGACCUCCCAGCUCAGCACCAAUGCUCAUGUGGUAUCGGCGUUCGAGCAGAGCCUCACUUCAAUGACACAAAGACUUCAGCAUCUCACGGCCACAUCGGAAAAGAAGGAAACAGAGCUCCAAGAACUCCGUCAAGCGAUGGACUCCCUCAGGGCCCAGUCCAUCCAGGCGGGUAUAGGUAACGGCCUAGCUCGCCAGCCUUCGUCGGAUAGCGUAUCCAGCCUGUCAUCCGCCUGUAGCUUAGAGAAGCACGACAAGAAAAAGAAGAAAGGCUGGUUGCGGAGCUCCUUCACCAAGGCCUUUUCCAGAAAUGCCAAAGUCACUAAAGUACAAUGUCAAAGCGAAACAGAGAACGAAAGGACUCAUAGUCCACCGCCACCAGCACCCACGGAUGCCGGUCAGGAAGUUGUCGAGUUGCAGAAACAACUCAGGGAGAAAGACUUGGUUCUGACGGAUAUACGGUUGGAAGCAUUGAGUUCUGCUCACCAGCUGGAGAGCUUGAAAGACACUGUGAUGAAGAUGAGGAGUGAAAUGCUGAGCCUGAAGCAGAACAACGAACGCCUUCAACGUAUGGUGAGUGGCACUGCCAACUUACCUACCGAUAUAACGGACACCCGAAGCACCAGUAGCAUCGAUGCCUUGAGCGACCUCAUUCCGACAGAGGAUCCUGUGCCGGACGUGGAGACGGAUGGGAAGAAAACAGCGAUAUCCGUCUAUCUGGGUCAACCACAAAGUUUUGAAAAGUAUUAUAUUGAACAUUACGGGUAUGAUGGCAUUGGAGAUAAUGCCACGACGGAGAUUUCUAUAGCGCAUACAAAUAUCGGCGCUUCUACAUCCUGGGCGCAACUUGAUAAUGCCGUGAGGAGAGCUUUUAAGCAGUAUGUCGCUCGGCUAGACCCUGGAGGGGGUUUGGGCUUAGGAAGUGACGCGAUAGCAAGCUACAAACUAGGAGAAGCUGAAAGAAAACCAGACUCUGGCCCUCCCGACCUGCUCCCAGUCGGUUACGCUGUUGGUAGAGUUACCACCCUCCACGUCGUCCUACAACCAGUAGCGGCCUUAGCAUUUGAAGCGUUAAUACCCAAAGGAGUGGCGCAGAGGCUCGUCUCCUUAUUGGCCGAACACAGACGGCUCGUGUUGUGCGGAGCCCCGGGAACCGGAAAGACGCAUUUAGCGACAAGGUUGGCGGAAUUUCAUGCACAAUCUUUGGGUAGAGAUCCCGCCGAAGCAGUGGCUACAUUUAAUGUUGAUAACAAAUCAGGGAAGGAACUCCGCCAAUAUUUGGCCCACCUGAGCGAACAAGCAGCAGCAGGCGACAACAGCGUGUUACCCUGCGUGGUUGUGCUGGAUAACUUACACAAAGCAGGCCCACUAGCCGACGCCUUGGGUUCUCUACCUCGAAAUCUCCCUUGUCUGUUGGGCACAAUGGCCCAGAGCGCUUGCUCAGCCACUAGUUUGCAACUCCAACACGGUUUUCGGUGGGUCUUAGUCGCUCCACAUAUGGAACCGGCAAGAGGCCUGUUGGGAAGAGUGCUGAGAAGACGUCUGGCAACUCUGGAAUUAGAACAGGGACUGCAACCGGAAUUGGCGGCUAUUUUAGGAUGGCUGCCCCGGGUUUGGCAGCAUUUGAAUGCAUUUUUGGAGACUCACAGCAGCGGGGAUGUGGCGAUAGGGCCCAGAUUGUUUCUGAGUUGCCCUCUGGAACUGGACGCGGCCAGAGCCUGGUUCGCCGACGUCUGGAAUUACUCCCUAGCCCCCUACCUGCGAGAGGCAGCCCGUGAAGGCCUUCAACUCUACGGCAGAAGAGCCCCCUGGACGGACCCCACCCAGUUCAUCCUAGACACCUAUCCCUGGCCGGGAGCACCGCCUCAGGGACUGACCACUAUACCGGCGAAAGACGUGGGUCUGGAAAAGGGACAAGCCGCUCAGGCAGAGAACGAGGGGGACCCCCUUCUGAAUAUGCUGAUGCGGCUGCAGGAGGCGGCCAACUAUUCGAGCCCUCACUCGAACGAUUCGGACUGUAACAGCUUGGACUCGAAUAUAACGCACGGGAGCAACGUAGGUACCGAGAGCGUGUCCUAAUAAGAUCAAACCACACACAUUAACUAGAAACUGUUUUCUUCUGACAUCAUCGACGUUUGAAAAUAUACAGCUUAGGGUAAAGAGAAUUAAACGAGUUGCCUAACAUAAAGUAAUAAAAUACGGAGGACGGAAGACGUCUAACGCGGAAACUAACAUUGAUUGUCUUGUAAAAGUUAAAUAUAAUUUAGUAUUUGUUCGAAAUGAAUUACUAAUACUAAACAACGUUCGUCUUUAAUGGAAUUAUAAUUCGUAGCGACUAAAUUAGUGCUUGGAACUAAACGUUACAGUGUUCUACAGAGCGGUGUGAUUUUUUUUUAAUUAAACUGUAGGUACAUGUAGAUUAUGGAAAAAUAAUUAAUGGUCCUGAUUUUAAUCAGAAAACUUCACCAUUUGAUACAGAGUCCAGCCAUUAAGUUUUAAGACUGAUUUUAUUGUGGCGAAGUACGUGGCGCUAUCUAUGUGCGCUCAACGGAACUACGUAAUGGGAAGCUUUCCGAGGGAUGAAACAAAAUUUUAUCUAUACGUGUAUCUACCACGAAUAAAUAAAUAAAACUUCAAAUCUCUCACAAAAUAAACAUUUUUUGAGUAUACAACAAACUAUUAUUAUUUUUUUGCGAUCUACCUGUUCCUAGUUAGUGCGACUAAAAUCGAACCAUGCUUAUAUUCACCUUAAACUGUGUAUUUAAUAAUAAGUAGCUAGGUCUAGGCUGAUGGUUCCUGUGCUUAACAAAACACCAAUUUUAACAUAAUACACGAAACAAAACAAAAAAAAACUGCGUGAAGAAAAGUAAACAGUUUCUAUGCAAAUGCAAGCAUUAAAUUUCACAAAGAUUAUUGUAAAACAUAUAAACAUGACUAUACAAGUGCUUCAGGUUUUUUAUAUGUAACAUAGUGUUGAUAACAAUUUGUUAUUUAUUUCGAAAGGUAUACUUUAACCUUUUGUGUAAGAUCGAGUUCUCAUAUCCUUUGUGUAUUUAUAUGUAUAUUUCUUAGCAUCGUCUGUGUUUUUUAUGAGUUUUUUCUGGUCAAAAGCAACCAAUAUUAUGUAAAUAUGUUAUUUAUAUAUAUUAUAUAUACAAAUAUAGAAGUUUCUAUACUUU